GAAAGGUGGUGUAUAAUGAAACCCUCCUUUUCGUCGUUCAUUUCUCAGUCAGCUUCUCGACGAUAUAUUUUGUUUCCGCAUAUGAAACAACAUCGUGAUUUCUAAUAAGAAAUUUAUUCUCGAAAUUCCAUCGUUAAGAUGUCACCUAACAGUAUGAACGAGAUGAAUGAAAAAAAGAGUAUAGACGAUCGUAACCAUUCAUGUGUACAAAGUACAAAAUUGGCAGCCGAUUUUGAGACCGCCAUAGCAGCUACCGGUUAUGGGAAAUUUCAUAUCUUAUUAUAUCUAGCUUUAAUACCGGUUUCUUGGGCAUCGAGUUUUGAUACAGGCAAUAUAUCUGUCAUAUUACCUGCCGCCGAAUGCGACUUGCAAUUAACACUCAUUCACAAGGGAAUUUUAAAUGCCGUCAUUUAUGUCGGUAUGGUAACGAGCGCAUUGAUAUGGGGAUAUCUAGCCGACGUGAAAGGUAGAAAAUCAAUUUUAAUUUAUGGUUUUAUGGCCGACGGAAUAUGUAACGUAUUGUCAGGAUUUUCGCAAAAUUUCGCAACUCUCGUGUUCUUUAAAUUUCUCAGUGGAUUCAUAAUAAGCGGACCGUACGCCGGAACGAUGUCAUAUUAUUCCGAAUUUUAUGGUGCCAGCGUUAGAUCGAGGAUUACGCUUAUUGUCGGCUUCACUGUUACGGCUGGAUGCGUUAUGAAUUCAGGUCUUGCUUGGCUGGUUGUACCACAAAAUUGGUCGAUCGAACUUUGGGAUGGUUAUUUCGUAUAUAAUUCUUGGAGAAUAUUUUUAUCUUUGUGCGGUGUACCAACAUUGAUCGGUGUAUUCCUGAUAUCAUUUUUCCCGGAGAGUCCGAAAUUUCUUAUGAGCCAAGGACGUAAAGAGGAAGCUUUGAAGGUUUUCCGACAAAUUUAUAGAAUGAACACUGGCAAACCAGAGGAGGAUUAUCCGAUAAACGAAUUGGCUGACGAGUUCGAGAUGAAAAAUUUUACGGACAUUUCUACGAGAGAUACGAUCGUUCCAGCUAAGAGAACAUUCAAAAGUGGUUUACUUCAAAUGAAACCAAUCUUCUUCAAACCGUAUAUAUUCAGAUUGGUUUUGAUCCUGACUCUACAAUUUUGCAGUAUGCUCGCUCUCAACACAAUACGAUUAUGGCAGCCUCAACUUUUCGCGAUAUUGCAAGACUUCAAUCCAAUCGAUUUCAAUAUUACCGAUCACGAGCCAGCAUUUUGUGAAAUAUUGGAUGCCGUCACUUAUUCGUCAGCACAGAAUGCAAACUUAACUAACAAUAUUAUCGAGGCGACAAAUUGUUCGAAGAUCGUGAUACCGGAAAGCAUGUAUAUAGAUUCGACUAUAGUUUCGACAGCUGCGAUAUUUUUCCUCUUCGUCGCGAGCAUGUUCGUGACUUUAUUGGGCCACAAAAAUCUUUUAUACAUUUGUUACACGGUAUGUAUCUUAUCGCUGAUAUCAAUAACUUGGUCGACGAGUUAUUUAUUGACAUUGGGAUUGACCUGCCUCUUCGUCGGUAUAAUGAUGACAACAUUGAACAUUGUAGUAGGGGCCACUGUACUUUUAUUCCCAACUUCAUUAAGAACGAUGGCAGUAAGUUUGGUAAUGAUGAUAGGAAGAUCUGGAUCUCUGAUCGGCAAUGUCGUGUUUCCGGUAUUGCUCGAGUACGGAUGCAUAGCUCCGAUCAUGACGAUAGCUUGCUUUCCCCUACUUGGUAUCGUAUUGGCAUAUUUCAUACCAAACAGUAAGAAUAAAAAUGAGAAAAAUGUCGAGUCUGGAUCAUAAAUAAAAAA